UUCACAGGAAAAUAUUGGAAUCUGCCAUCAGUAAAACCAGUGAUAAAGAGAGAUUUUUUCAAACAAAGCAAAAAGAUGGCUGGAUUAUCACAAGAUUGGGAACCGGUGGUGAUUCGCAAGAAAGCGCCGACCUCCGCCGCACGGAAAGAUGAGAAAGCAGUCAACGCCGCCCGACGAGCCGGUGCUGAAAUCGAAACCGUCAGAAAAGCUACUGCUGGGUCAAACAAGGCUGCCUCCAGUAGUACAACUUUGAACACAAGAAAGCUUGAUGAAGAUACUGAGAAUCUGUCACAUCAGAAGGUACCUACUGAAUUGAAGAAAGCCAUUAUGCAAGCUCGGCAGGAUAAGAAGCUGACUCAGUCUCAACUUGCCCAAUUGAUAAACGAAAAACCACAGAUCAUUCAGGAGUACGAGUCUGGAAAGGCAAUUCCAAACCAACAGAUAAUUUCUAAACUGGAGAGAGCUCUUGGUGCGAAACUUCGUGGAAAGAAAUAAACUGCAAGAGUGGGGGAAAACUGAACCUUUUGGACCUCACUAUCUUUUGGGUCCUAAACUUGGUCAUGUACAUGAGCCUUUUUCUUUUAACCGUUUUGUUUAACUACUAUGGUGGUUCUCACGUCUGGAUUCGUGGAUGUUAAUUUGCUGGUUAAACCGAGUAAUUUUCCUUGAUCUUCUCUAUGCCUA